AUGUUUCGUGCCCAGUACCUUGCGAGGUCUGUUGUUGCGCAGCCCAUUUCGCAAAAGCUAUUACCGGCCGGGGGGUCGCGAUGCUGCGCCAACAAUAAUCUCAAAGCUGCUGCCGCGCACCUGUUUGCGCAACAGCGACUGGUCGCGAAUAGCAGUAGAAGCUUUGCGACCACAUGCAGCCUCCGCGAGAAACAGCAGCCAGCAGAAGCGGCGCAUUCCGCGUCAAGCGAGUCCACGACGACGAUAUCAUCCGAUCCACAGCCUGAAGAGCACCAGACCACACCGAAACCCAAGCCCAAACGCCGGCGCCGUGGUUACGCCUAUGCCGCCAUAUUCAUGCUCAUCGGCACAAGCAUAGGCUCUCUGUUCCGACUGUCUGUCUCGCCGCCGCCGCUACCGGAGCCGGGCACGAAAGAGGAUGGGUACAUUCUCGAGUCGAUCUACGACCAGGCCAAGAAGCUGCCAUUGGUACAGGCCCUCUCCUCCGACCCGGCAUGGGAAUCGUGGUACGCCUACUCGGACUGGCGGGAGGGCUCACGACCCCUGAGCAUCACGUCGGGUCCCAUGUCUGGAUGCCGCGGCCUGGCGUAUCAACGCAUCUUUCACAACAAGGCUACGGGCGAAAUGGUGAGCGUCGUGUACUUUGGCGGCGCCCUCUCCGGCUUCCCGGGUGUCGUUCAUGGCGGCUCUCUCGCCACCAUUCUGGACGAGAGCAUGGGGCGCUGCGCCAUCUAUCGCUUUCCGGCGCGCAUGGGUGUGACAGCUAACCUGGACCUGACCUACAAGAAACCCACCUUGACCAACGCCUUUUACGUCGUCAGAACGCGACCGGUUCUCUCAGAGGCUGACGAGGUGAUUGGUAAGGACGGCACCAAGAAGAGCGACAGGAAACUCUGGGUACACGGCACCGUUGAGACCCCGGAAGGCAAGGUUUGCGUCGACGCCAAGUCACUCUUUGUUGUUCCCAAGUACAUUCAACCCCAUGGCCGUACAGACGGAAAAUGGUAG